AUGAUUGAACUGAGGGUGUUUUUGAUUUUUAUUGUCUUUAAAGCUGCCAGAGGUACAUCUUGUUCGGAAAAUAAAUUCGAAGCUGGACCAGAUUGGAGAGAAUUGACAUCACCUUUUUGGUCUCAGCCAAUUCAUGGACAGCAACAAUGCGAGUGGGAGCUGACUGCCCCAAUGGGUCGUCGAGUCCAGCUUUCUUUUGAAACGUUGGCCCUAGCUGAUAAGACUCCUGACGAAUAUGGGGAUGGAACUUGCUUGUACCAGUCAGUUGAUUUGAUUGAUGGACCAAGAGUCGCAGAGGAUGACAAUAAUUAUAUUUCUUUCUGCGGACGACAUACGCCAUCUAUUGACUUUGUUUCCGAAGGAGAAGUCAUGCGUGUUUACUUACGAUCGGAUGUCUCCACCGCUGCUUCAACUGGUGAUGAAAAAUACAAGCUCAAAUUUCGUUUCACUGAACAAGAAGGAAACAUGGAAGAAUACAUGACUGGCACAGUAAGAACGCAAAAAGCAGGUUAUCUGAUGUUCCGGCCAAUUCGACUUAGAAAUGGAUUGAUGGCAAAUAGAAAUUCCAUUCAUCAUGAAAAUAUCAACAUUCUCUCUCAUCAGUCAGAAGAAGAUUAUGAUUACGAUGAAGAAGAUCCUGCAGAACGGACGGUCGACUCCAUGGGCAGAGUCAGAUCUCGAGUUCGAAUCGGAAAAUAUGACCCGAGCAAAGUCGUGAAACAAUACCCAACUCUUGAGCCACCGAAAGUCUAUGAAUCACCACCAGCACCAGAGCCAGAGCCUUCUGGAGGAUUUUUAGCCUCGAUUGCUACCGGCUCACUUGCAUUCAUCAUCUUCCUGGCUGUAUUUUCAGUUUACUGUUUUCAGAAACAUGGAAAGGACCCAAGCCAAAAAGCAGGAACGAUGGUCUACUGCACGACAACGAAGAGAUACAUUUCUGUAGAUUCUUGA